AUGACCGAACGAGCCGUCGACCGAGAGCCCUCAAUCAGCUCCUCCGUAACGGAAGCAGAGGCAUUCGACGACAAUGAGAAGAGCGGGAGCUCGACGGAAGGGGGCUUCGUAAAAUUGAAGAGUCCCGAGGAGAUGGAGAUCGGGGACGACCUGGAAAGAGCAGAACUAUUGCCAGAGGAGCACGACGAGAAACCACCACCGGCACCGAAACAGCCAGAGACUUCCAUGCGAAGUUCUAUAAUAUGGAUGGUUGUGAAUACAUUGGCCACUAUCGGCAUCGUUUUCACGAACAAAGCAAUCUUCUCGGAUCCUUCCUUGAAACUCGCACAACUCACAUUCGCUGCCUUCCAUUUCUUCAUAACAUGGCUGACGCUAUUCACACUCUCCCGGCCUCGAUUCGCCAUGUUUGUUCCGAGAAAGGUUGCGAUCAAGGAGAUUUUCCCUCUGGCCAUCGCCAUGGCGUUGAACGUCAUCCUCCCGAACUUGUCUUUGGCUUUCUCUACCGUCACAUUCUACCAAGUAGCUAGAAUUCUCCUCACACCGACAGUCGCGCUGAUGAAUUUUGUCCUCUACAAAGCAACCCUUCCCAGAAAUGCGAUCUACGCCUUGGUGCCGGCUUGCUUUGGUGUAGGAAUGGUAUCAUACUAUGAUUCGCUGCCCUCAGCAGAUGCCAAAAUCAAGACCACCAGCAGCUUGGGAGUUAUUUUUGCCUUUACUGGAAUCUUUGCCAGUUCUCUAUACACUGUCUGGAUUGCCAGCUACCAUAAGAAGCUUCAGAUGAACAGCAUGCAACUGCUGUUCAACCAGGCUCCACUGGCAGCUUUCAUGUUGCUUUAUGUUAUUCCGUUUGUCGACACUUUCCCAGUUUGGACCGAGGUGCCAGCGAACAGAUGGAUAAUGAUCAUGAUGUCUGGAUUUUUCGCCUGCAUAAUCAACAUGUCGCAAUUUUUCAUCAUUGCACAAACAGGUCCGGUAUCAAGUACAGUCGUUGGUCAUGUCAAAACAUGUUCAAUUGUCGCAUUGGGUUGGGUAACUUCAGGACGUGCUGUAGGUGACAAGUCAGUGAUUGGUGUUUUCAUCGCCAUUGGAGGAAUUAUCACGUAA